UGAAAGAGUAAAGAGAACCUCCAGCUAAAUGGAUGAGAAGUGGACAAAGACAGCUUCUGGGAAGCUGGGCAUGAGAAUUUCUAAGCAAACACAUGUUUCCAUCAGUUGGAAGCUACAGAAUCCAGCUCUAUGAACCAACUGGGAUAGGUUAUAUGUAGGGGAAGACAAGUCUGAUCCAGCAGACACUCCUACCCAUCAGUAACAUUAUGCCCGAUCUUCAGGUGGAACUAUACACAUGACUAAAGAUACAUUUGUAUUGGCAGGCUCAAGCCUUAAUGUGCAAGGAAUGAUCUAAUGUAUGAACAAAAGCUGCAUUUCCAAGCGAAGCUUCUGCCAGCGUGCUGUGCCAUCCUGAGUGUUCAAUGCCUCCUCAGCUAAAUGAGACUCUGGCUUGAAUUGUUUUGGGGUUUUUUAUGCAAAGAAUGAAACAAAAGUCAGAGGGGGUGGAUGGACCUUCUCAUGGGCCUUAAUAAGCCCAACAUGAUUUACUAACCAAGUCAUUAUACUUCAUAACAGAAAGGGCCAAGCCUCUGCGGUACUCACAAAUGCAGCAUGAAUGGAGGCCAUCUGGCAAACCUGUACAGAAGCACCUGGCUCAGCUUACAGGUGCAGUGGGAAAUGGCUUGGUUCCCCUCCAACCAAACUACCUCUCCUACGCUCAUGGUUUGUAUGCUGUGUGGGUCCCAGGAUGUCAAGGAAUUGUGUACAAAUGGCCAAAUUCACAGGUGGCUGCCAAGGUACACUGUUCACAUUCUGGUGGGGCAGGGAGAGAUGCCACCUUAGCCUGGUCCCGGUCUCUUUCCUCUGGAGGAAGAGUAGGGGAGGAGCUCUAAUGAUAGACGAUAACUAAGAGAUGGAAAGAAGUUUCUCUUCAGUCUGCCUUCUCUGCAGCUACAGCCAAGGACAGGUAGUCUCAGCCUCAACACAGCACCUCUCUCCCUGCUGCUCCCUCUGCCCAGCAGGUAGGAUGGGGAUAGAGCUCUACCUGGACUUGCUCUCACCACCCUGCCGAUCCGUCUACAUCUUUGCCAAGAAGAACAACAUCCCCUUCACAUUCAAACAAAUGGAGGUACUCAAAGGGCAACAGCACAGUGUUGGAUUUGGCAAGGUGAACAUCCUAAGGAAAGUGCCAGCACUGAAGGAUGGAGGUUUCACCUUAGCAGAGAGCCCUGCAAUUCUUGCCUACCUGAGUCAGAAGUAUAAAACCCCUGACCACUGGUACCCAUUGGAUAUGAAGAAACGAGCCCGGGUAGAUGAAUACCUGUCCUGGCAACAUUCUGCCAUCCGGCCAAGUGUUUUGAAGAUAUUCUGGCUCAAGGUGGUGUUUCCUUUAUACAUGGACCAGACAGCUCCUGAAGAGAAGCUACAGGAAGCUUUAGAGGACCUGGCCAUUCCCCUGAAGCAGUUAGAGGAGAAGUUCCUGCAAGACAAACCCUUCCUUGUAGGCAGCAUGAUUUCUCUGGCAGACCUGGUGGCAGUUAUGGAGCUCAUGCAGCUCAUAGCAAUUAGUUAUAACAUCUUUGAGGACAUGCCCAAGCUGGUGGAGUGGCGCAAUCGAGUGGAGAAAGCUGUGGGGAAGGAGCUUUUCCAGGAGGCACAUAAAGUGAUCCUGAAUUUCCAGGAUUUGAACAGCAUGCUGAUUGAGCCACAACUAAAAGAGCAAAUGAAACCUAGGCUGCUGAAGAUGGUGGCCUGAAAUAUUUAUUUUAAAAAAUGG